UCAAUCGAUCUGCAGCUCUUACAAAAAAAACACUGCGACACCGGGGACCAUGGAGUCUCAUGGAGAAGAGGAAUCCAGGGGUCCCGUAUUACACAUUGUGGUGGUCGGGUUUCAUCACAAGAAGGGCUGUCAGGUUGAAUUUUCAUACCCACCACUAAUACCAGGAGAAGGCCAUGACAACAGCAGUUUACCUGAGGAGUGGAAGUACCUCCCGUUCCUAGCCCUGCCUGACGGGGCCCAUAAUUACCAAGAAGAUACUAUCUAUUUUCACUUACCUCCCCGAAAUGGUGAUCGGAAGACAGUGUAUGGAGUAUCUUGCUAUCGGCAGAUAGAAGCUAAGGCACUUAAGGUUCGUCAGGCAGAUGUUACAAGAGAGACGGUUCAGAAGAGUGUUUGUGUACUUAGUAGACUGCCGUUGUAUGGGUUGCUACAAGCAAAGCUCCAACUCAUCACCCAUGCCUACUUCGAAGAAAAAGAUUUCUCCCAGAUAUCAAUUUUAAAGGAACUUUAUGAUCACAUGAAUGGAUCAUUGCGUGGGACAUCACUGGAGGGAUCCCAGGUAUAUCUUGGCUUAUCUCCUCGAGAUCUGAUUCUUCAGUUUCAACAUAAGGUCCUGAUUCUGUUUAAGUUGAUUCUGCUGGAAAAAAAGGUCCUGUUUUAUGUGUCACCAGUCAACAGACUCGUAGGAGCUCUGAUGACCAUUUUAUCACUUUUUCCUGGAAUGAUUGAGCAUGGCCUUGCAGACUCUUCCCAUUACAAACCGAGGAAGAGCACCUCUGAAGACCUCAAUCUGAUUGAAGUCCUUGGCGGUUCUGAGGACUAUGUUUCAGUCUCUGUUUCAGACAUUUCAAACUCCAACCAAGAAAGUGGUGGAGAAGCCAAGGAGACCUCUGGGGUGAAUCAGAAUGAGACCCACCAGGCCAAGCUUAAAGAGGAAGAAAUGUCACAAUCCUUGACUAGGGACAACCAUCAUCUAAAGCCCCCAUCAAGAACUUCUCCGGAUUCUUCAGAGAGCGACUGGGAAACCUUGGACCCCAGCGCCCUGGAAGAAGGGGCUCCAAAAGAAGAAACUCAGGAAAAAGACUCCUUCGAGCUCCCGGAAACAUUUCCCAGCGAGUUGGCCCCCUCCAGAACACUCCCUAUCACUGUGCAGCCCCAGCCCAACACUGGGCAGACAGUACUCGUCCAAGGCCUUGUGUCAGGGCUGGAAGAAGACCAGUUUGGCUUGCCUUUGGCGGUUUUUACUAAGGGUUACCUGUGUUUGCCCUACAUGGCCCUGCAGCAACAUCACCUUCUCUCAGAUGUGGCUGUGCGUGGAUUUGUCGCGGGAGCCACCAACAUCCUCUUUCGACAGCAGAGGCACCUGAGCGACGCCAUUGUGGACGUGGAAGAGGGUCGGAUACAUAUCCAGGACCCUGAGCUGAGAAAGGUGCUCAGCCUGACCACAGCAGACCUGCGGUUUGCAGACUACCUGGUGAAGCACGUCACCGAGAACCGGGACGAUGUGUUUCUGGAUGGUACAGGCUGGGAGGGGGGAGACGAGUGGAUCAGAGCUCAGUUCGGACUCUACCUGCAUUCUCUUCUGUCUACCAGCUUACUGCAAGAUAAUGAAAAGAUGUUGGCGGACUAUGGGGCAGCAUUUGUAAACACUUGGAAGAUCACACACAACUACAGAGUGUGGUACAGUAACAAGCACCCUGCUCUGUCAGAGAUCACACCCAGCCAUCCAUUCCAAGGGCAAUACAGUGUAGCAGAUGUGAAACUGAGACUCUCACACUCUGUACAGAACAGUGAGCGAGGAAAGAAACUUGGUAAUGCAGUGAUAACCACAAGCCGCAGCGUUGUGCAGACAGGAAAGGCAGUAGGUCAGUCGGUCGGAGGAGCUCUCACCAGUGCAAAGUCGGCAAUGUCCUCCUGGUUUUCAACCUUCGCACAGGCUGCUCCACCAGGGUACAGCGAACAGCGGGAAGCUAAACCAUGACCCAACUUUCCAACAAAGAAACAAAAUGCUGUGCGUCGAUUUAAAAACAUGCAUUCCACAACUUUUUCCCAGGGACAAAACCAGUUUCAUUAAACCUUAUAAAUGUCUUUCACCAUGUUUCCAGGUUAAAUAGACCAGUUGUUUGUCCCUUCUCAGACUAGAAGAGGCGUUGCGUUCAGUUGUGAUUACUGGAACACAUGAUUACCAUGUGGAAAACUUAACAGUACAAAUCAUUUUAAAAAGAAAAGUUCAUCUAGAAGUUAAAAGUCUAGGACUGGUUCACCUCUGUUCAUAAUUGCAUUCCAAUGAGAAUAUUUGAAGUUAGCCUCACUUCUUUAACUGGUGCACUUUAGCUUCAAGUGUUUAAUACACGCUUUUAUAUAUGUAAGUAUUAAUCAAAUUGUUGUGAAGAUGCCUUUGUUUCCAGGUAUCUUAAAAGUAUCUUUAGAAUACACUUGAAUAUUAAUAUUUGGAACAAAUGAAUGCUGGAACAGUAAUUUGAAACUAAUUGCAUCAGAACGUUGUCUUUGAAGUCCUGUUGACUCUUUCAGUGAGAGUUAUUAAAGUUGCUGAAUAUUGUUCGGUUGCGCUGCAGAAAUGAUCAUGUACAGCCUCAAAACUGCACCCACCGUUUUACUGUCAAUUUGUUCACAGUGGUUUAGCAGUUUUAAUUGCAUUGCAGACAAGUUGACUUUAAAUCUGUAGUUUUAAUUUAUUUGAUUGCUUGUAAUUAUUUUCCAAAGGACACUGACAGCCCAGAAAUGUCACACACAAAUUGUGAAAAGCGGCAUGUUGUAAGGACUUUUGUUUAACAGAUAAGCUUGUUAACUGUUUUGAAAAUAGACCGGUAGCUAGAUACAGUAAGCAUGACAAGUCUGAUAUGUUUUUUAUUUUUUUUCUAUUGUAUAAGUUAGCCUCUGUGGAAACUCGAAAAGAAACACAUACAAACAAAAAGGCUUUGCUACCAUAUUAGCUGAAUUUCUAUCAGAAGAAAAGGGGUUGCAGACUUACCAUGCCAAGCCACAGAAUGCACAAUUCUUACAAGACUCAAAUAUUUAAACAGCACCGUUUACCCAUUUUUGGAAAGAAAAACACCUGUUUUGAACAGAGAUCAAUUGUACAAGCCCUGCAGCUGUGUAUUGUACAUGUCAUCAGCAAUUGGCAUUCUAGUCCUACCUUCAUGAAGGCUGGCAAUAAAACAAGCAGCCUCUGUCCAUAUCAGGUGUGUCGUGUACCUGGAUUGGAGAACAGUGAUUGUCAUGCGAACUUUCUGUUCUUUUAUUUAUUUAUUUUUAUUUUUUGUGGUUUGUCUCUUAACUUUCAUGAAGUCUCUAUUUUCUGUGGUUUUGGUGACACUCUACAAAACAAAAAUGAAGUACUACUUGUAGUAUGUGUGUGCACAAAGAAAUAAACCCAUUCUACUGUAUUGCAUAACUUUGCCUCUAACACAGUUUAUGUUUGAAAUUGACAUUGAACUAUGGGCAUGCUGUUUGAUGUCAAGUUUGGUUUGGAUAAAAAAAAAAUCUGUUAUCUUCAUUAUGUGUUGUAUUUAAAAUCACGAGAUGAAUAUUUGGUUGAUUUAAUAUUGUUUUACAUCAGUUUUUUUUUUCUUUUAAGAAAAGCUCAAUUUUUGUGUUCCUUUUUUUGUUUGGUAAAAACAGUUGUGAAGUGUCAUUUGGUUAAUGAGCUAAGUGCUUUUAAAAUUCUUGAAGACCAAUGGGUCAAAAUUUCUAUUUUGUGUACAGCACUGUGUUUGGGUGUUUUAUGUAUGAAUGUAUUUUAAAAUGUAAAAUGUGUCUUGUUCACACUAAAAGCUGUUUCUUCAGUGACUGAAAGACCCCUUGUACACAUUAUUAAAAUAUAUUGAAAAAUAGCAUUGAAC